AUGCCACCAGCGCAGUUCAAGGUGAUAAUCGCAGGCGGCGGGAUAGCAGGUCUCUCGCUAGGAGUCAUGCUCGAACGAGCAGGGAUCGACUACAUCAUCCUCGAAGCAGCAGGCGAAGUUCGGCCGCUUGGGGCAGUCGUCUAUCUGGGACCCCCUGUCCUACGAGCGUUUGAGCAAUUGGGUUUGCUGGAAGACUUGAUCCGACACGCAAACUUUAUGACGGGUGUCACUCUUAUGGACCACAAACUCAACAAGAUUUGUCGUAUUAACGUCGACUACGCCAAAGAAAGGUACGGCUACGACACCUUGACGAUAUUCCGUGCAAAGCUCUACAGCGUCCUGCUAUCCCGCAUCCCAGCUUACAAGAUCCUCUUUGCCAAACGGGUCGCCUCGACAGUACAAAGCAGCGAAGGGGUCAAAGUCCAGUGUGAGGACGGGUCGACUUACAAUGGCGAUAUAUUGGUCGCGGCUGAUGGCGGUUCAUCGCCGAUUCGGAAAGCCAUGUAUACCGAGAUCAAGAAACGGACAAAGAAGGUGUUUCACCCUCAGGACUAUGCGUUGCCAAAGCUGGAUCAGAGGUGUAUUGUGGGGGUUACAGAGCCGCUCUCGAUGAAGGAAUACCCUAUCCUCGCGUCUAAGGAGUGUGAGCUCAUCCUAGUUAUGCCCCGCGACUCCAACUGCAUGACGUGGUGGAUUCCAAUGGAAGGAAGGAGGUUUGGAUGGGGCAUCACAUCACCCAUGCCGUCAGCCAACCAACCCAGCAAAACCAAAAAGAAGAAAGAGGAAUCGAAGUCAAAUGGACUAAACCAUCUUCGGGAAGCAACAACAGACACCACCACAUCAUCAUCCUUUGACAUGACCCAUUCACUAUCAUCAACACACGAAAGCGCAAGCCCAGGACAUAGACAGUUCUCAAGCCUUUCAGGAACUUCGUACAGCCCACCUUCGUCCAACUCUUCGUCGUCGAUCCAUGGCGGCUACAGCAGUAAUGUACAUAUAUACAACAACGGAGGCGGAGGGAGCGACAAUGGCAUAUCGUCCAGUUCCAACAUCACCACCUCUGCUCUCGCCGUCGGCACCAACAACCACCUCGACCUCAAAAAGCGCCAAUCCUUCGGCCGUCUCUCCAAAAUCUCCACCUCCAGCUCCAACAGCUCCCAAACCAAUUUCCAAAAGUACCCUCCAGUCCUAGUAUCCGCCAACAGCAACAUCCUUACCCCACCACUGAAGUUGAAGGACCUCCCGAAUGACCGGACAUGGUCGAGUUUGGAUACCCAAUAUGGGAUUGAUGAGUCGAUCCGGGAGCAGGCUAGUCCGUUUGGCGGAACGUUUGGGGAUAUGAUCGAUAUGACUUCGAGAAAGAAUGUGACCAUGUGUGUUGUUGAGGAGAAGUUUUAUAAUACCUGGCAUUUUGGCCGGACCAUCCUCCUUGGUGAUUCUUGCCACAAGCUCUUACCAUCAUCAGGCCACGGAACGACACAAGCGGUCCUGGACUCGAUCAGUCUCGCCUCGCUCCUCUAUGACCUCCCCUCAAACUCUGCAACCGAUAUCGAGGCCCUCUUUCGCAUCCAAUUCGAGCGUCGUGGGCCGGCCGCCAAAGCUGCCGUUAUCGCGUCUCAGCAACAGGAUCAGCUCCUCUUCAACCGAAAACUAUCAGGAAAAUUCAUCCGCAAAAUGGCCUCCAACUUUGUCUCCGAUAAAAUCAAGAUAAAACUCGGCGACAAACUCUUUGACGCCCGCCCAGUCCUCCCCUUCUUAAAACAAGUUCCCUCCCGAGGCCACGCAAAAAACACUGACAAGACCGACGUCCCCCUAACCCAAGACAAGCGGUUCGAAGUCGCCCGUCGCAAAUCUAUUUCUUCGGGUUACCUCACCUCUGGCUCUGGAAGCGGCGGCUCCCGUUCACGACGCGGGUCAUUCGACUACGGCAGCAGUAGUGGCGAUAGAGACCGCAGAGAAGUGCAAGCGCAAGGGAACGGAAGGAGUCUGGACAUGACGUUCGAGCCUCCCAACUUCCCAUACUCGACAUCUAUGCCGUCAGUGGUCCUGCCGGGCGGGACAAUGUUGCCGAAAAUGCCGAUGACCCGGCCCAUGUCGCCCAUGAUGGAUAUCGAAGGAACCCUGAUCCCCAUGCUCUCCCGCCCGCCCGAGAAACAUCCUUACAAGCAUCAACAGGACCACAAUCCUGGCCAUUGGAACCUUUAUCAAUAG